UUAAAAAUGAAGUUUGGCAAGGAACUCACUUCACAAAUGGUGCCAGAAUGGGAAGAAGCAUACAUUAACUACAAUUACCUCAAGAAAAUCUUGAAAGAAAUCUCAAGUUCUCAAAAACUAAAGCAGAAGCACUUAAAUCCACUGUGUUUUUCAUCACAAAAAGAGAAAUCGUCAAAGAAAAUGUCGUUGAAUAGAGCUUUUAGUGGACUUACUAAUAGGCAUGGUAAUUACAACAAUGACAAAGGUAAAGACAUUGAAGUGAUUAGUGUGAGUGAGAUACAACAUGAUCAUGAGUGCGAGAAUUACCAAACUACGUUCCUUUGGUCACUAGAAGAAGGCGCCGAGAACGAGCUGGUGUUUGUUAAAAUACUUGAUGAUGAAUUUAACAAGGUGAACAAUUUCUUUAAAGCCAAGGUGGAGGAGGUCGCGUUGGAAGCUAAGGAGUUGAAUAAACAAAUGGAUGUUUUCAUAGCUCUCAGGCUCAAAAUCAAUGGUCCACGUUCACAAAGUUCUGUCGUACCAUCAAGCUCAGGUACAUCACCCAUACCGGAGAUUCAAGAGCUUGAAGAACUACCUGAAGGGGACCAAAGUAUGGUUUCUUUAGAUGUUUUAAAUAAUGUAAAGAUUAAUGUAAUACCAGAAUCUGCAACAUCCACCUUGAGAACUUUACUUGAUGGGACAAAAUCAAAGUUAUCAUUCAGCAAAGAAGAACUUAGAAAUACACAGAUAAAACUGAAGCAGGCUUUUGUAGAAUUCCAUAGAAAGCUCCGGGUUUUGAAAAGCUACUCUUUCUUGAAUCAAUUGGCUUUUUCCAAAAUCAUGAAGAAGUAUGACAAGAUCACAUCAAGAAACACAUUAAAAGCUUAUCAAGAGAUGGUUGAAAAUUCUUACUUGGGCCAAUCUGAUGAGGUUAUUAAGCUCAUGGAAAGAAUAGAAGCCGUGUUUAUAAAGCACUUUGCCAAUGGAAAUCGCCGUCAAGGAAUGAGAGAUUUAAGGCCAAGAGGUAAAAGAGACAAGCAUAGAGUAACAUUUUUUGUUGGCUGUUUCUUUGGCUGCUCUAUAGCACUCGUAGUUGCAGUCAUAUUAACAGUCCACGCUAGAGAACUUCUUCAGAGUGAAGGUCGUGACCAAUACAUGACAAACAUAUUUCCGUUGUACAGUUUAUUUGCAUACGUUGUGUUACACAUGCUAAUGUAUGCUGGAAAUAUAUACUAUUGGAAGCGUUAUCGUGUCAAUUACUCCUUUAUUUUUGGGUUCAAUCGGAAUACAGAAUUGGGUUACAGAGAAAUCCUCCUUCUCAGCUCUGCUCUUUCAGUACUCACUCUUGCCGCUGUACUCUCAAAUCUAGAAAUGGAGAUGGAUGAAAGAACCGAAAGUUUUCAAGCCUUAACUGAACUGGUCCCCCUAGGAUUAGUCACGGCAUUGGUUUUAAUAAUCUUUUGUCCAUUUAACAUCAUCUAUCGUUCAAGCCGCUUCUUCCUCAUAGUGUAUCUAUGGCAUUGUAUUUGUGCUCCACUUUACAAGGUCACUUUCCCUGACUUUUUCUUGGGUGAUCAACUAACUAGUCAGGUUCAGUUAUUCAGGACUUUGGAAUUUUAUGUAUGCUACUAUGGCUGGGGAGACUUCAAGAGACGAACAAACACAUGUGAACAAAGCGAUGUUUAUCAGACUCUUUUUAUAUUUGUUGCAGUUAUCCCAUACUGGUUUCGCUUCCUACAGUGCUUGAGACAAGUAUGUGAGUUGAAAGACUAUGGUCAAGUCCUGAAUGGACUCAAGUACUUAUCAGCAAUCGUUGCGGUUAUUACAAGAACAAUUUAUGUUCAGAAGAGAGGAACUACUAUGAGAAUCAUUGCUGCAUCUAGUUCGGGUGUCGCUACACUUUAUAACACUUAUUGGGAUGUGGUAAAAGAUUGGGGUCUUCUUUGUAAGGACUCUAGAAAUCCUUGGUUAAGAGAUAGACUCAUUUUACCAAACAAAUCAGUCUACUUUGUUGCAAUGGUAUUGAAUGUGAUAUUGAGACUUGCGUGGAUGCAAACGGUGUUAGACUUCCAUGAAGCUCCUUGGCUACAUCGAAGCAUGGUGAUAUUUGUGGUUGCGUGCUUGGAGAUCAUUCGUCGAGGGAUAUGGAACUUCUUUAGGUUGGAAAACGAACACUUGAACAAUGUUGGCAAAUUUCGAGCCUUUAAGUCAGUUCCACUUCCUUUUAGCUAUGAGGACGGGGACAAGGAAUUAUGAUAACAUUAUAUAGAAACAGAUAGAUACAUUUGUGUUAAUUGUAUGAUAUU